AAAUAAAUCUAUUCUCCUAGGUUACUGUCUCGUUCUCAAUUGUAUCAGUAGCAUCAUCAUCGUAUCAUAUCAACAUACACACACUUGCUCAUAAUCCACCACUAAAUACCGCCAAUAUCGAACCGUCGAGUGCAAUAUCUAUCUACUCUCUCUAUAGUCAAAAAGAUAAUAUUCGCUGCCCUCAAAAUGGUCUCCGUCAAGUCCCUCACAGCUGCGGCUUUCGCCAGUCUACUACCGCUCGCCUCGGCUGGGCCAAUGAUUAGCAAAAUGACCGCGCCGGCCACAGUGGUGGCCGGUGAGAACAUCACAAUUACACUGGGCACGUCCAUCUAUAUCCAGAAUUGGGAGGACUUCAACAUCGCCUGGGGUUUGGCACCCCCCAGGUAUGGCGGACAAGGUGAAAAUGGCGAGAUCUAUAUCGGUACGCAAAUCGGAUACACGAACCUAUACGGAACCGGUAUCGCGAAGCUCAAUAGCUUCACUGUCGAUGUCGCCAUCCCCGAGAACCAGCCGGAAGGGGACUGGCUGCUUGUAGCCGCUGUGCCAUAUCUCGUCGGCGCUUCUGGCUCGACUAAUUUGCGUUCUUUCAACUCUACAAUUAAGAUCACAACCUAAGAGGCUGGAUUUCGACAAGAGGUUCCUAAGGCCACGGGACUGCACUUUCCUAUUCCAACCCUUAGUAGGUUAAUAUAGUCUGAGUUGAUUGCAAAAUGAGUGGCGUUUGUGGGUUUACAACGAAAACGUUCAUGUAGCGAUGACUGGUAUGCAAAUGGAUGCGCUUGAUUUCUAGGUACAUAAAUAGACAACGCUAUCUUAAUAGAAUUAUUUCGCAAGAACCACUC